GUUUCAAAAGAAAUUGGAGGUAGCAUCAUAUGUGCAAGAACAGCUCAAAAUAUGUGGGAAGAUCUGAAGAACAGAUUUACACAAGGAAAUGGUCCAAGAAUCUUUCAAUUACAGAAAGAUUUAUCAGUUUUGACACAAGAGGACUUAUCAGUACGAGAUUACUAUACAAGAUUCAAAUCCCUAUGGGAUGAAUUGCUGGAUUAUAAUCAAAUUCCAACAUGUACAUGUGGAGCCCUAAGAACCUGUAAGUGUGAUGCAAUAAAAAUUUUCUUGGAUUAUCAAGAUCGCCAGCAUGUGAUACAGUUCUUAAUGGGGUUAAAUGAUUGUUUUUCUCAUAUCAGAGGGCAAAUUCUAAUGUUAGAACCUUUGCCGAAUAUAAAUAAAGUGUUUUCUUUAAUUGUUCAAGAAGAGAAACAGAGAGAGAUUAGCAAGCAUAACAUGAUUGAUACUGCUGCUUUUAUGAGCAAAGUUCAAGAUACAAAUCCAGCAAUGAAAAGGUUUGCUCCUGGAAAACAACAACAGAAAAGAGAUAAGCUGUUCUGCACUCACUGUGGUAUGAACAACCAUACAGUGGACAAAUGUUACAAGGUACAUGGUUAUCCUCCAGGCUUCAAACAGAACUCAACCAAUUUUCGACAAAAGGGAAGAUUUACAGCAACUGCUAAUCAGCUUUCGGGUCAAAUCUUGAGUACUCCUUUUGAGAAUUUUAAUCAAAUGCCUUUCUCUCAAGAAGACUAUCAAAAAUUGUUAUCAUUAAUUCACCCACAACCUGAUGAUAAUACCAAUCAUCAAGCUGCGAAUAUCAUUUCUAAUUCGAUUGCUCAUUCUACUCAAGGAACUUACCCAAUGGAAGAUGAUUGGGAUAGCUAGAAGAUCAGCUGGCCUUUAUCUACUGCAGAAAUCAGGUGCUAGUGAUGUUGUUAUUCCACAUAGAUCCAAUUCUGUAAAUUCUAUAAUAAGCUCUCAAGUCUGGCAUAGCAGAUUGGGACAUCCUUCAAUGUCUAGACUAUCAUUUCUUUCCAAAAAUGUACCAGAUAUUAGCCUUUCCAAUAAAUUUGUUGAUCAUCAUUGUACUGUUUGCCCAUUGGCAAAACAGAAAAGAUUA